AUGCUUUCAGAAGCUUGGCCUUUUAUGUUGUGCUCAUGUUUGUAUCACUUUUGUUCUUUUCACAAAAAUGUUCAGGUGUUCUUUGAUGUGAAGAUUGGAGACAAAGAUGUUGGCAGAAUUGUAAUUGGAUUAUUUGGAAAAGUUGUCCCAAAGACUGUGGAGAACUUCAUCGUGCUGGCGACUGGAGAAAGAGGAUAUGGAUACAAAGGAAGUAAAUUUCAUCGUGUGAUCAAAGACUUCAUGAUUCAAGGAGGAGACUUUACAGCUGGAGAUGGAUCAGGAGGAAGAAGCAUCUACGGAGAAAAGUUUCCAGAUGAGAACUUCAAGCUCAAACACUAUGGAAUUGGAUGGGUUAGCAUGGCUAAUUCUGGCCCAGACACCAACGGAUCUCAGUUCUUCAUCAGUGUGACAAAGCCUUCCUGGUUAGAUGGAAAACAUGUAGUAUUUGGUAAAGUCCUUGAUGGAAUGUCUGUGGUGCACUCAAUAGAACUCCAGCAGACGGAUGAGCAUGACCAGCCCCUUCAGGACUGUGUGAUUGUGAACAGUGGCAAAAUAGCUGUAAAAGAACCCUUUGUGGUUGAAGUAGGUGACUGGUGAGACCAGCAGUCAGAGUGGAACGUACAACUUCUUCACUUUGCUUCAACCAACCUCCACUAUGCAUUGUUUUUUCUCCUCCAAACACAUGAGGCUGUAUUUAGACAACACUUACCAUUUCCCAAAUACAUUAAAGAUGCGACCAUUUCUGUAACAACUUGAGGGAGCUGUCGGUCCUUGAAAUUCAAGACAUAUCCCACUAAGAUCUUGCAGAAAAUGUCUUUCAUGUAAAUUUUUAUAAGUACUU